AUGAGCACAAUUUCUGAUAGGACACCGGGAAAUUCGCCGAACUUCUCAACGACCUCACUGCAACCAAAACCGGAGCGGUUCAACUGCUCGAUUCUAAUGGUGAGCUCAAUGGGUGUGAUACAGUUGGUGGUGCAGUGGAUAGCAGUUAACGUCUCCUCAUUCAUUGCUCAGGGUCUAAUAUUAUUUGUCGCUGCUUACUCGUAUGAGUGGAAUAGCGUACACAGCGAAUCGUUGACACGACAUCGUCGUGCACAUUUCGACAUCGCGAACGUACUCGAGACUUAUCAACCACGGAACAGAACAAUGGGACAUCUGUUCCAGAGCGUUGGUGCUUCACUAGACGGUGAACAGACUGAGAACGUCGUUCUCACACCUGCCGAUCCAGUCAGAGAUCAGAAGGAAUAUGAGGAAAAGAAAAAGAAAGAUGCCGAAGAGUAUCAGAAGCAAUUCGACAAGCCGUUUAGUUGUUAA